AUGACUUCAACAACUCUACAAAAAAGUCCUCAAGUCGUUGGCCCAAAACAAGUUAUUCAUGCCAUUUCGGUAGAUUAUCCAGAAACCGGCGGCGAUAAUAAUAAUAAUCCCAAAACCAAAAUCAUGGACGGAUACAAUUAUGGAUUUGUCGCUGCAAUUCAUAUUCUCGAUUGGAAAAUUUAUUCCAAAAGUGACUUUGGAAGAUUCUCUAGAAUACUGGACUCAUAUUCAAGAAAAUUUCGUGAUCUUAGUCUGGAUAUGGAUUUUUGGCUUGAUCAUCUUGAGCCAGUUAUUUGGAAGCUAGUCGCCACUUAUCGUGGAGAAAUCGACGAAGAAUUUUGGAUCCAAGUGUUUUUGGCAAUGGGCGGUGUGUCUAGUACACCAGAUUAUUGGACCGGAUGGAUUUCAGCAUUCUUUCCCUAUGAUAAACAUGGUAAUAAAAUCAUAACAUACAGCAUUCAAACCGAAGGUAUACCGGAUGGAAGAGUCAAUGUGCCUUUCAUUACUGACCUUGGACUAGACUUGAGUUUUUCCGCCGGCUUUUUGGGUGCCAGACAAGAACUUGUCGGAAGUGGACGCGAUGCUGAAGUUUAUGUUUCUUCUUUGAUUGGGUAG